ACACAUUUAAAUGGUCUUAAUAUCGAGAAAAUUCGUCUGUACCUGUAUUAGAAGGCAUUUAAAUUCAGUUUUUUGAUAAUAUCGGUCCUACAAUAAUGUCUUCCGACAUGGCAGAGCGGCGGUUAAAUAGAAAAAAGAUGGUGGACAAUAAAAUAAAACUUCUGAAUUUUUUCCUUUCGUCAGGAAGGGAUUUUCUACAAGAAGUGUUGGAGGUUUACACCUCGCCGGGACUUUUGUACGGAGAAUUAGAGCGAUCCACAUAUUUCUUUAAUCUCAGCCACGCCGAACAAGAAUCAUUGUUUUCGCUUAAAAAGGAAAACACGUUUUCUGAUUUAGAAUUAGAUCAGGUGUUUGAAUUUUUGAGGAGAUUUACCCGUAUACGACAGCCAGCUUGUGCUUGGUGUGGUCAGUGCUCUUUGGCGGACUUUGAUAGCGAACACGUGGGAGAAAAUAUAGAAAAAUUAAUGUCGAUCUGGAACGUAGUAAAUAAAACGAAUUCCAUCCCAAGUGAACAGUAUAAAGAAUAUGUGCGGACUUUGACAAAUAUAGGACAUAAUGUCUCAACUUUGUUGGCUUGUGGUAAAAGUUUCCGAGAGUCAGUUAACCAGGAAUUGGGAAAAAUAGAAACCUUCCCGGACAAUCUCCAGAUUGUGACCUAUGAAAAAGAUGUUUCCAUGCAAAUUGGACAUAACAACAAAUGCAUCUUAAAUGUGAAAGUUUUCAAUCAUUUAGAAAACGAUACAGAAUCAAACGAUAGUGAUGCUGAUGAUCUGGUCAAGAUGAUUCUCCAUAUGGAGGCGCCGUCAUCAUCCGGGCUUUUCAUCGCCCAUAUCGAGGAGAAUGUUCUCAAGUCACUUUCUGGGCAAAAGUUAGAGAGUGUCAAUGCAGUUCUGAAGGAAAAAUUUGGUGUGGAAAUCGUCGUUCAUAGGAAAGGCUGUAUUGUUCUUGUGCUGCGCAAAAGUAUGCCAUUCUCUAAAAACCUGUUAGACGCCAAGAUUCUGGAGCAGUUUUUAAAAACUUUAUUUGGAUACGCCGGACUUUCCACUGAAGAAAUGUCUAUGAUGACUUUCCGAAUAGACGUUACAAAGGGGGAUUCUGAGGACGUAGAUAGGGUAGACUACCAUUCAACAACAAGAGACAUUGAAGUGAUGCUUUCUCCAGCAAAUGCAGUGCAAUCUCUAUCGACAGAAAAGAAGAAAGAACUGGCGUCUCUCAUUGUAUCGGGAAUUGCUGGUCAGAAUCUGAGGGGCUUGGAUGAAGAACUUCAGAUCCAAGCAGACUUCAUACCAACAAAAGGAACUGUGACGUAUAAACAUGGUAACAAAUAUAUCAGCUCUAACCAAGCUGCGGAUUCUUUAAAGGAAAAUGAAUCAACAAAAGUUGGCGGCAUUGAAAAUGUGCAGAUCGAAAAUGCGUUACGAGACAAUCCUUUUUCAGUGCAAAUAACUGAUAAUUCAACGCAGCGAAUAUGUUACACGUACGACGAGGUUUCAGGAAACGCUCGGAAUUUCCCCACAGAAAAAAUAUCAAACCGGGACCAAAUUAACCACUUCCGGAAUGAAUCAAAACACAGAACAAAGAGAGUCUGUGAUGUUCCACUCCUUAUUUCUUCCAUAGUUUUCUUAUGUUCAUCUCUGCUCAUUCUCUGUCUCAUCAUGGUUCUCCGAACGAAUUCUGAUUUCCAACUAAAACCCUGUGACAGUAGCUACUCCCAUACGUACAUGAACCCUCAAGCAGAAAAGAGGAUUGUCAUACGAAAUAUCAGUGGAUCCAUCCGUCAGUUAAUGAAAAAUAGCAAAAAUAACAUUGUACAUCUAGACUUGAGUUUCAACAGAAUAUCAUUUAUGAAUUUUUCGGAAUUGGGUGAGUUUUCUCUGCUUCGUGUUUUGAGUCUGUCGCACAAUAACAUACAACGGACGGACGGCAUAGAACGAAUGCCAGAACUUCAAGAGUUAGAUAUAUCAUUCAAUCGUCUUCAAGGAAUUGAUGAGUUGCAUAAACAAACAAAAUCAUGCGUUAGAUUCCUGAAUAUAAGUGGAAAUAGCAUUUUCAGUCUGCAGCACACAGAUUUCUCGAAUUUUCCAUGUUUGGAAUUCUUGGAUAUCUCAAACAAUCCAAUUCAGAAACCAUUUUUCGUUCGAUUCCCUACUUGUUUGCUAACAGCCAUUUGUAAAAGUCGUUUCAAUUCAUCUACAAUUUUGAUUGAUUGUUCACACGUCGUUAGUAUGUUGCCUACACACACUAAGCCAACGCGGGCAAAGAUUAUAAGUGCCAAAGAGACUAGUACUGUAAAUCGUGAAACAAAUCGGAUCCCAAUUCAGACGAUUAAAGAGAUAGGCUCUACACUGAGAAGGACCAUAGAGUCAUUGUUUUCAACCAUAAGGAUACUAUCCUUUCCAAUUUCCACCCUUCUCUAAUAAUAGUAUGCAAGAUAGAUCACCGGGGCAUUGAACAUGCGUUCUAAUUUGUAAAUGUGGUCAGGAGACCUUUACGCGCCUUCACUAUUCAUAAAGCACCCACUACUCUCGAUACCAAAAUGAUUGACGACAAGGUUAUGAUGUUGGAUCGUUUUUGUGACUCCCAAGAUGACAUCAAAAAGAAUAUUGUGGAGGCUAAAGUUGCGCAAGCCAGAAUUCCACGAUGUCCUUAAACACGCGUAGCCAAACUGUUGGUCGAGUGAUCCCAUUAUGGUUACUUGGGGUUGGGAUUCAACAAGGCUGGUGCCAUCCACACCGAUGAGAACACACGGCCAUAAACUGCUAUAAAACCAAAAUAUCGUUUUCGGAUUGAAGUUUACGAUAGCGUAGAAGUAUGUUUAUUAGUGAUUAUUUUGAUGCGUGUCAAAUAUUCAUUUCUCGGUUACCGUCAUUUUUAUCAUUAUCCGUCUAAUUUUUUCUGUUGAUGUGUAAUCAAUGUUAAUUAUCAAAUGUAUGUGAAUUAAACAAAUAAAAUAGAACCUCAUGCAAACAUAUCUGAAGAUGAACACAAAUAGGGCGACGUAUCUCGAGAACUUUCAGAGAGGCAAUAAUCCCCAACUCUCUGUGGAGUAAUUUUAAAAUCCUGAUGGCUUUGAAAGUGUGUCCUAUACAAACGUUUCACGAGAUAACUUCCUUUUCUGACAUUCCUGUCUUAAUUUUACUUAAUAUGUCCUUAAUUCCAUCUCCUCUUCCGACCACCUUCCCCAAGUUAUUUAUUCCAGGACAGGAAUGAUUAAUUAAAUAAGGAGACAAAAAUUAGGAUGGGACACUUGUCUCUAACCUGCUGGUUUGCGAUAAGUUGGUGGCAUGUUUUAAAUCAAGCUAGUCCCAUCUUUUUUGCCAAUUUUUUAGUCAUGUGUUUUUUUAUUGUGUAUAUACAGUUUUGUAUUUGUAUUCUAUAUUAAUUAGGGCAAAUUUAAGAUAUGCUCUUAUUGUAUGGUAUGUACCUUUUUGGGUUGUUCUCAUUUUCCCUGUGACAGGUAUAACGUAUAUUUUAUAUAAGACAAUACUGCUACAUGUAUAUUGUUUUGACUUACAUUGACAGUUGUAAUAAAUGCUCUUUUUCAAUUCAAA